UUUACAUGAUUACUGUGUCGUAAGAAGCAAACCCGACAGCUCAGUCUUACUCACUGUGGUCCAGACGCUUUUCCCAUGAGAUCAGGCAGAAGAAGUGUUUACCGCAUUACAGCUUCCUAACCUGGAGAGGAACCAACAUAGAAGCCGUGUCCAGUGUUCACCUGUUAUAUCCUUACAAGUCACUCAAGACUCUUCUUGCGUAACCUCACCAUUGAAAUCGGCGAUUUCCGGGUCUGAAGGACUUGCUAUGAUAUGAUUUGAAAGCAUGGACGUGGAAUUAAGCGUUCUUAAACAAUCCGGCAACAAUAACGAGGAAAACGACAUAAGUGUUGAGGUGUGUCCAGGUAAUGGAAACUACUCGGAUCUACACAACACGCCGAAUGCCACUGAAGACAGCAGGUUACUCUCAGGCGCACAGAAUGCUGAGAGCAAUGGAGCUCACCUAAUUGUGGGAGAUCUCUUAGAUGAUUCAUCAGGGCAAUCUUCUAAUAAGCCCCUGGGAAAUCUUGGCAGACUGAAAAAUGAGCUGAAUGAAUCAGUCUGUUGGAAGCUCAAAGUGUGGAUGCUCAUUCUUAUCAUCUUCACUGUAAUCAUCCUUGUCAUCUUUCUGUCUAUGUAUCUCUGCUCAGUUCAUCGAAAGGAUGUGGAUGACGUGUACAACGUAGAAGAGUUUGUCGUUCCGCGCGUCUUUAGUGGGAAUUUCACACUUCUCAACUUAACACUAGAUGAAGGAUUACAGUCCAGUCUUACACAAAAGCUGACUCAUGUCUACGAUUCCUCAUUUGCCCUGAGCCGAUAUUUCAACCAUGCUGCAGUUCAACCACAGAGAAACAGCAGUUUUAGUUUUGAGUAUCAGCUGGAAUUUAUGAUGCCUAAAGAGCACCAGCAGAUUAUACAAUACACUCUGAGCAAAGAGAUGGUGUACAGUGUGCUCCUGCAGCAGCUACUCGACGAGGAGCCUGGUGACCCACUUUAUAUCGAGCCAUCUUCACUCACGAUGGAAGUUAAAUGAGCUGCAAUAUAGCCACAGUGAUGGUGCAAAUUUCUACAUUCUGCUGUAUAUGAUGACCACAUGACAACCUCAUUACGAUCAUGAGAUUCUGCGUGUGCCUUUCCUUACAUUGGAUCCACUGUUUUAAAGAUUAUUUUUAUGACGUUGACAGCAACACUUACUGUAAAUGAGAACAUUUUUCUCAAGCAGGUUGGAUUCGUAUAACUGCUUCUUUUCCGGUUUUACAAUAGGAAGCCUGUUCAAGGUUUAUAUUAACCUUUUAUUCAUUUUCCUGCUUCAGGAGCUUUAUCAGGCACAUUUUGUGAUUAUCUUUUGGGAGUGGAACUCUGGAUAUUUUCCAUCCUGUUUUGUUCCAUGAGAAUGUUUCGAGGGGUCCAUAUUGAGACCCUUUUGUAUCUCUUAUAUUUGAAUUGUAUAGUAGAAAAUGAUGCUUUAAUGUAUUAUACUGGUAUCAGUAUGAAUGCAAAAUAUUAAUUAACUCAAUCUAUGUUUAUACUGAGGAUAUCUGUAUUUUAACAGUGAUUGAAGGUGCCACAAGGCGGCGCUGUUUCUUCAUAUGACACCAUGUUACUUUCAACACUUUAGCCAUUUCGAGGUGCCCCUGUGAAUGCAUUAAUUAUUUAUUAUAUAUUAUAAUCAUUUGGCCAGUGUGUUUAGACUAGAUAUUUUUUUAAACUACCAAUUUUGUUUUUCCUUUGUAAUACCUUGUGCAAAUUGUUUAUUUUUGAUGAAUUUGUAUCUUUGAUCAAGUAAAUAUAAGUAGAUAUUUUAUCUAUACUGUAUCUUAUAACUUUUCACCCCCCUCCCCCAAAACCCCCCAAAGAUUAUAGCCUCUGUUAAUUCGAAGUGAGCUGUGAAAUGACGUUGUAAUGAUGGUCAACAAAAAUAUUACAGUGCAUAUUGCUUCCCAAAAUUAUACAUUUAUAAUUGUACACUACAGAGAUCAUUUUAAUCAGAUUUUUUUGGAUCUGCUGCAUAAAACUAUGCAGAAAUUCUAAAUUUGCCAUUGCUUUUACAUUGCUAGUUGAAAAUCCCAUGUCACUCAUACAUGUCACUUUAAGUCCUGUAAGUUGCGAGGUGGAAAGGGUCAUGGAUGUCCCACCUCGCAACUUUACAGGACUUAAAGGAUCUGCUGCUAACAUCUUAGUGCCAGAUACCACAGCACACCUUUAGGGAUCUAGUGGAGUCCAUGCCUCGACCAGACACGGCUGUUUUGGCAGAAUAAAAGGGGGACCAACACAAUAUUAGGCAGGUGGUUAUAAUGUUGUGCAAAUAUUGUGUAAUUUGGCACAAGCAUCAUGUCUGUAGUAUUUCGUUUGAAUGUAUUAGAAGUGAUUGUAAUUCCAGUUUUACAGAUUAUUGUUCCUUUGUGUACAAAUGGUAUUACUUAAUGGUAUUGUCUUUUGAUGCCAAGUGUGUAAUGAUUCAGGUACACUGGAUGUAUUUAUUUUUAUUUUUAUUUUUUUCAUUAGACGUUAUGCUACUUAGAGCUUCCCCUAACAUGUCCGGGCUAAGUGAAUAGUUCUGAGAGAAGGAAAACACUGUACACAGUUCAUUUUUCUCAUUUUUCAUCUGCUAAAGCUUCAUGACCCUGGUGCAGCGUUUCCGAACCCUGCUCCUAGAAACUCCCAGCACUGAAUUAUAUAUCUGUAUUCUCUGUCUAGGCUAGCAAAGUGUUUAGUCUUGUUCAAGGCAGAGUAAAUCUAGUUUCUAAUAAAGCUCUUAACAAGAUCACCACUAAACUCAAGCUGUUACUUUCAUCAUACAGCAGUGACUACAUUUGGAGCAUUGUAAAAAAAGGAAUUUAGAUGUAGUUGCUUUAUUUAUUAUAUGUUGAGUUUAAUUUGAAUUUUUUGGUGUUAUUUUAUUUAGUGGUUGUCCAUAUUGUUUUUUUAUAAAUUGAUGAAAUAAAAAAAACAACGUUUGCACAAGAAA